AUGUCCCUCAACAUGAAGACCCUCUCCCUCCUCGCCGUGGCCUCCAUCGCCUCUGCAGCCACAACUAACACAAACCUCCAAACCACCUUCCCCAAGCCCUCCGGCACCACCAACCUCGCGGCCGUCAAGACCGUCGCCGCAGGCGGCAGCUUGGACGGCGGCAUGUACCAAUGGGACCGGUCUCCUUCCACCUGCAACGACCAGUCCGAAGGCGGUGAUGCUGAUGCCGUGUUCAUCCUGGAGGACGGCGCGACGCUGAGCAAUGUGGUGAUUGGCCCGAAUAACGGGGAGGGCGUGCAUUGUUUGGGGAAGUGUACUUUGAAUAAUGUCUGGUGGACCAACGUCUGCGAAGACGCCGCCACAUUCAAGCAAUCCUCGGGGACCUCGUACGUCAACGGCGGCGGCGCGCGCGGCGCCGAAGACAAGGUGUUCCAGCACAACGGCGGGGGUACCGUGGCCGUCAAGAACUUCUACGCCACCGACAUCGGCAAGCUGUACCGGUCGUGCGGCAACUGCGCGACGCAGCACGCGCGCUCGUCGACUUUUACCAACGUCCGCGUCGAGGGCGCCAAGGUGGUGGCCGGUGUGAACGCCAACUAUGGCGAUACGACUACCAUCAAGAACUCGUGCCUCAAGGAUUCGAGCAUCUGCUGGAUUUACCAGGGCACCAGCAAUAAUAGCAAGGAACCGACCAAGAUUGGAAGCGGACCUAGCGGGACCGCUUGUGUUGCUUCGGCUGUUAAGACUUCUGGUUGCUGA